CUGCCGCAGAUUGCAGUACUCUCGCGAUGAACGGCUGCUAUAACACACUGAAGUACACGGGCCUGCUCUCCAAUCUGCUCUACAUGCUGCUGGGCAUUGCGGUGAUGUCUGGAGCAGGAUUGGGGCUGCAGGUGGCGGAGCCCAACACCCCUGAGCACACGUAUUUCGUAAAGAGCCUGGUGCUGGGAGGCACCAUUUGCAUGAUCGUGAUGUUCGGAUGCUACGGCAUGGUCUGCAAUUUGCUGUGCGUCAAUCUUAUUUUCACCCUGUUCAUACUGAUUGCCCUGGCCGCGGAGUACCUGCAGCUGCACCACUACCACAGUCCUGUCCAUCGGCGCCCGGGUGGCGCCCUGCAGCAGCUGGAGCUGGCCUGGCACGGCCUGGACCGAGACCCGGAGGUGAUGCACCAGUACGAGGCCUCGGAGCAUUGCUGCGGCUACAGCGGCGCCGACGAUUACAGACGCCUGCAUCUGCUGGUGCCGCCGAGCUGUUAUCAGGCCGCUGCCAAUGACACCGCCCAGCAAAUCUAUCCGAUCGGCUGCCUGGAGACGCUCAGCCACAGCCAGCGGUACAUUCAGCAGCGCGAUAAGCUCUUCAUGUGGGCCAUCGUUGGCCUUGAGAUCUUUAUACUGCUGCAAACUGCUGCGCUGAGUGUGCUGCUAUUCAAGUUGCGCCAGCAGCAGCGACUUGCUCGAAGGCAGGUGCCACCAGGUGUUCGGCGGGAGCCGCGCUCCAACCAUGUGACCGCCUCGCGGACCCACCUACUCAACGAAGCUUAGUGCUAGAUCUUAUCAAAUGGCUGGUUUAUUGUGUAUCCAAGUGGCAAGUGCUUAUCUAUUCAUGUCGCUGGUGAUCAGUAGGUGUACCGGCGAGUCUUGUUGGUCAGCUGGCAGCACAGGGUGAUGCCCAAGAUGAUGCCCACGACCUGCAAGGGAGGAGGGAAAGUGUUACAUUUCAGCGAUUACAUUUAAUUUGAAAGCUUCACAUAUGUAUACGCAUGUGAGCACAAAUGUAGCAAAGUAGAAAACAUAUGUUUGUAACAAGUUGAAUGGGUUUUUAAAUUUUUUCAAAUCA